AUGACAUCUGCUGUCGUGUGUGUACUUGGUAGUGUCGAGAGGCCGAGUCCGAGAUAUUCCGAAGAAAGUCCAGCCAAUGGGAGUCAGCCGCUAAUGACAUUCGGAGUUUGGGAUGGACAGGCCACGGAGUCAUGGUCAUCGGAGCAAACUGUAUCGGCUGGUUGGACACCCAUGAGACGCGCCCGUCGUGAAUCUCUCAUGAACUGUUUGCUCCACGAGGAAGCCUCUUUAAACAGUCACCAUGGCAAGCCAGCUGCGAAGAAACGGAAAGCCCAGGUAGUACACUUGAUUACUCCGAACCGUCUCAAGCAAGGCCGAGUCCUGACCAUCGUCCACCAAGGUCCUUGCCAAACUCGUGGCAUCGUCGAUCAAGUAAGCCAGAGACGCAAUUCUCGUAUGCUCUCGCCUAAUGGAUUGUUCAAGUGUUUCUAUCACCCAAAUCCAAUGACUAAGCCUGCGGGCACGCCACGGAAGAAGCCAGAGCCUCGUCGUCGAAAAGCCAACUCCGAAGCGCGAUCAGCCCAACAUCAUGGACGGCUCAGUUCGUUGACGUUGAGUCCUCCAACUCUAAGAAAUGAUGUCAACACAGGACCCAUCACAAACACAUGGCCGACACCACCGGAGAGUGCUAGUAGAGCCAACCAGCUACCUUCGGAUCCUACCAGGAGCUUUUACCUAGGAUCUACAAGCUAUGCAGCUGUGUUUACUGAGAACCGGGGUGCCUUGCCAGACACUGUGCAUGAACAGCCAUCAGAACGGCUAAGUGUCACUCCCUCGACGUCUAGCCAAACUAUUGGAAGUCGACAUUGUCAGUUUGGUAUUGGCGCGUCUAUUGUAUCCACCUUGAAUCCUUUUGACUUUUUCGAAAAGUCGGUGAAAAUGUACUUUGAUACCAACAAAGCAUCUGCUCUGAUCGGACCGUUGAUUCUUUCCAUCCUGCCUCAACUCCGACAGGAUUUAGAGCAUCUCGGUACGCCAGGACCGGAUUCACAUUUGUUGUAUGCUGCAAUGACGAAGAAUACUGCUCGGCCUCUGAAGGUUCCUUCAACAAUGCUCCCGUCGGCAUUCCAUACCUUGAUAACCGGGAAGAACUUGCGGUGGGAAACCUUGGGUUUGAUCCUUGCGGUAGCCGGUUCAAACGCCCAGUUUACUUCACCCCAUGAUCCGCUAUUCACUCUUCCUGAUGGUGCAUGGCGCUGUUAA